UGUUUAGAUAAGAUUCCAAAGACAUUUAAUUAGCAUAGACCGAUUUACUAAGCUGAGUUGUUUCCGGUUUUGGCAAGAACAUUCUUUCUUAUGUUUCACAAGGUGUCAAAUUCUUCUUAAAGUUGUAUGGAUGGGGAUCGUGAUACAGUGAGCUGCAGUACCAACACCUCAAGGUGGUCCAGUCCCUGCUGUGGUUCUGAUGGUCCAGGGUAUCGAUCUGACCGUGAGGAGAGAGCUGACAGGACUCCAGAUGAGCAUCCGUCAGCUAAACUCCAAGGACCAAAGCAAUCUGGAUACAGUGAAGGCAAUGCAAGAUGCACGAAAGCCCGAGCAGUCCAGAAGCAGAAAAUGAAGCACGAAAUCCUGAAGAUGCCUCCAAUCCGUACUCUGCACGGUUUCAAGUCAGUGAACCAGGCCCCCAACAUGAACUGCAUCUGGGCGCUGAAGAGUCAGGUAUGGGAUCUGCAGCAGCAGCUCAGUGAAGCCAAGACUGAGAACAAACUGCUGAAGAAAGUCCAGAACCGCCACACGGUGGCGCAGCAGCACUUCAGAGACUCAAAUGACGGCAUCUCCCAGAUUUUAGCCAAGCACAACAAUGAAACCAAAGCUCUUCAGGGUUUGCUCCGUGAAACCCGCAUGUCCCGUGACAACCUGGGCAGGCGGCUGCAGGCCACAGAAAGAAAGCUGCUCAGCAUGAAGGACACUCUACAGCACCUGCAGCAGCUCAGCCAGGACCAGAGUCUACUGGAGAGGGAGGAACUCACCCUGAAGCUGGCCUUGGUCACUACACAGCUGGAGGACAGGGAUCGGAAGAUAAAGAACAUGGAGAGAACCCUUGAGUUGUACCAAGAAUCAUUCAAACGCCAAAUAGACUCCGAACAAAGAAAGCUCAGAGAGGCAAAAAGAGCAUCAGUCUGUCUGCAAGAGCACAUCCACCAGCUGACCAGAGAGCUUCAGCUCAGAGAAAAAGAAGUGCAGAAACAUAAUAUUUACUACCACAGGAUGGUUAAAGGACACAGCAAAAAAGCUAAAGAGAAUAAGAUUGUGCAGACGGAUAGAUUUGUCCAAACAUCACCAGAUCUAUCGAAGAGAGAUGUUUUGGCACAUAAGGAGUCUUGAACACCAGAGUCUUGAGUACCGGAAAUUGGAUGCUUUAUGAAUCCAUCAUGCCCAUUUAAAGUUCCUGUGAUCAUCCAAGCCCUGUUAGAGUGUUGCUUGCUGAAAGCCCAAAAAGAAACAAUUCUGAAAACACUGUAUUAGAAGAUGAUCACCAAGAGGUAUUCAAAGAAAAUAUUGAGAAAAACUAUUGGGAAGAAAACCGAGAUGAGAGUGUAGAACACCUGGCCGAACGACAAAGAAGCCGAGGCUUUAGAAACUUUACAGAAGUUAUAAGAGAAGAAAACAGAAGAUAAAAUUAAAUUGGCCAAUGUUUUAGAAACAACUCUGAAUGCAACCAUGUCAAAUAAAAAUGAAUGCACAGCU